CUGAGACCCGAGACGCUCUUCCUGCUGUGCAUCAGCGUGGCGCUGUGGAGUUACUUCUUCCACACGGACGAGGUGAAGACCAUCGUCAAGUCCAGCCGGGACGCCGUGAAGAUGGUGAAGGGCAAGGUCGCAGAGAUCAUGCAGAACGAUCGGCUCGGGGGGCUCGACGUCUUGGAGGCCGAGUUUUCCAAGACCUGGGAGUUCAAGAGCCACAACGUGGCGGUGUAUUCCAUCCAGGGCCGGAGAGACCACAUGGAGGACCGAUUCGAAGUUCUGACGGACCUAGCCAACAAGACGCACCCGUCCAUCUUCGGGAUCUUCGACGGGCACGGGGGCGAGACUGCAGCUGAAUAUGUAAAAUCUCGACUCCCAGAGGCCCUUAAACAGCAUCUACAGGACUACGAGAAAGACAAAGAAAAUAGUGUUUUGUCUUACCAGACCAUCCUCGAACAGCAGAUUUUGUCGAUUGACCGAGAAAUGCUAGAAAAAUUGACUGUAUCCUAUGAUGAAGCAGGUACCACGUGCUUGAUUGCUCUGCUGUCAGAUAAAGACCUCACGGUGGCCAACGUGGGUGACUCCCGGGGGGUCCUAUGUGACAAGGACGGGAACGCCAUCCCCUUGUCUCAUGAUCACAAGCCUUACCAACUGAAGGAGAGAAAGAGGAUCAAGAGAGCGGGUGGUUUCAUCAGUUUCAAUGGCUCCUGGAGGGUCCAGGGCAUCCUGGCCAUGUCUCGAUCCCUGGGGGAUUAUCCGCUGAAAAAUCUCAACGUGGUCAUCCCAGACCCAGACAUCCUGACCUUCGACCUGGACAAGCUCCAGCCCGAGUUCAUGAUCUUGGCAUCGGAUGGCCUCUGGGAUGCUUUCAGCAAUGAAGAAGCUGUUCGGUUCAUCAAGGAGCGCUUGGAUGAACCUCACUUUGGGGCCAAGAGCAUAGUUUUACAGUCAUUUUAUAGAGGCUGCCCUGACAACAUAACAGUCAUGGUGGUGAAGUUCAGGAAUAGCAGCAAAACAGAAGAGCAGUGAGCCCUUCGGGGCUCAGCUGCCGUAGACUAAAGGACUUUCAACACACUGGUCUCUUUUAAUGUCGUGAAGCCGUGGAAGUUACAGUUAGGAUCCCCCAUCCCAGACAUGGGAUGCCCCCUCCCUGGCGGUCUUAGGUCUGUAUCCAGUGACGAUGAAAAGAGGGCCGAUGUUGAGAGGCUGGAAGAUCAUUUUUUCAUGUUUCCUGAUUCUUUCAUCCAACGUUCAAAAUGUACAAAUAUCUAGUCGUAGAGUCACAUGUAUGAUGUGAAUGGCAUAUGUGCCAUGUGUUCUCCCUUUAAAGGUUCUUUUCAAGAUUUCAAGAUCCCUUACAGGGCCCUCCGGGCAUCAGACUUUGGAGCAGUGAGCAGGGCAGGCCGCCCAGAGCUGCAGGAGACAGGCCCCGGCAUCCCCUGUGCGUCAGGGUGGCAGUUCUCUUACUGAGGGCAGAGCUGCCCUGAGAAGGCUUUACCCUCCUGCGCCCAGGUUUUCCACUCCGCAGCAGCCCGGAAACCGAUUUGGAGUGGUUUGCUGUUCCGUGGCUGCUCUUGGAAAUGGAGGGAAGAAGAGACUGCAGCGCCUACACAGCAGAAGUAACCUUUUCCCUCCUCCCUUUUCCUUAUAUAGACUUGUGUACCCUCUAGCCGGUCUUUGUGCCAGUCUUUGUGCGCUUAUCCUAAUCCUGCAUGACCUUAACCUUUUGCUUACACCUUACUGUAUGUAAUAGGCAGCUGUUAAACUUCACAACUGGAA